AUUUUCCCUCCAUAACACAGACCUCUCCCUCCACACAAAAAAUUCACAACUCCAUUUUUGCAGCUUUAAUUUACAGAACUAAAAAAAAUACAAAUUCUUCGAUUCAAUUUUUGCCUCACUCCAUUUUCACAUUGAAAAAAAACAAGCAAGCAAAUGUCUAGCGAUCAAGACGACCUAGACCUACUUCUUUCUCUCCAAGAUCGAGUCUUGGAAACCCCUCCCGGUUCUCCUUCUAAUCCCCAUCCCACUUCAUCCGGACUUUUGUCUGAUGAUGAGGAGUUAACUAGGAGAAGAGGGCAAGCAGAUUUAUCUGUGUUUAAAGAUGCCGUUAAGGAUUGCCUUAUUCAAGACACAAAACCUGUUGUGAAAGCUGAGAAAUUUAAACAGUCUAAGAGCUCGAAUGAAGUGAAUGUGGAGAAAUAUUCUGGUUUAAGGAUAAGGAAUCAGUCGGUUAGUCCCACAGAGCUCAGUGAGCGUUUCUCGGAUAUUCGUUUUGUCCGCUUACAAGCUAUUAAAAAUGCAUUGGUUGGAGACAGUAUUUCUGGAUGCUGGGCAACUGUUGGAGUAGUAACCGAGAAGGGAAAUCCAAGGACUAGUUCUGUUGGGAAAAGCUACUCGAUAUGGAAAAUUGGAUGUUUAGAUGAAAACACAAUCUCUCUUUUCUUGUUUGGUGAUGCUUUUCAGAAAAACUGUGACGAGCAGGCAGGAACAGUUUUUGCACUAUUUAAUUGUACAGUACGCAAAGACAAUACGGGAGGUUAUUCUUUGAGUGUAUAUUCUUCAAAUCAAAUCUUAAAGAUGGGUACUUCUAUCGACUAUGGAGUUUGCAAAGGAAAGAGGAAGGAUGGAAUGGCAUGUCCAGCAGUCAUAAAUAAACGUCAAGGGAUAUACUGCAAAUUUCAUAGAUCAAAAGCAUCAGAGAUAUUUUCUACAACACGAACUGAGCUCAAGGGAGGGAGCUUUAGGUCAUCGUUUAGGGAUCCUCUCAAGGCACAAGGCAUUCACAUAGUCGACCCUGCGGAUAGAACAAGCAUUAAAAAGGGUAAACAGCCGGUGAAAUUACUAUCUGUACAAGCACUUAAGGAUGCCUUGAGCAACGCAGACAAAGUGACAACAAACACUUUCUCUCAGGGAAUCAGAUUUCUCAAUGAAAUAACAGGGAAAAUGAAACAAAAGAAUGGAAAUAAAGUGUCAGCAACAGCAAGUCAAGGAACAACUAACUUAGACAAGAGGAAAUUGGAUCCAACUAUAGGUUUGAGAAAUAAAGCAGAGGCAAAAAGACCUAAAACAAAUCAAGGGCAAGCUUCAUCAGAGAAGACCGAACCGUGGUCAAUGGGGAAGAUGAUUGAAUUAGAUAUUUAUGCUUCUGAUGAAGACUUAUGAAUAUGAAUAUUAUGCUCUGCUUUGGUCCUCUUCUUUUUAGUUCCAUUAGGUACUAGAUUUGCAUGGAAACUUGUCGAGUCUUAGGUUUCGGUGUUUCAUUUCCGUUUCUGAAAACGCUUUUGAAACACUGAAACCUUAUUGUUUUUCUGUUUCCAUGCAACAUAGCAUCCAGGUCAGCCUAAGCAAUCCAGAAAUGUUAAAACUUGUGGAUGGAAAAGUCUCACAUUUUGGUGAGUGAUGUGAGAAGCAAGAAAUUGUUAAACUUGUUUUCCGUGACUUUGCUUCUCUAGGAAUAUAGGGGACCAGUUCACUAGUGUAGGUGGUCCUUGAAAGUAACUAAUCUGUAACAGAUGAAGGAUUUAAUGAGAUUCAGUUACUAGGUUUUGAGAA